CCUGCCUCGCCUGGUCGAACCUCUGCCCUUCUACGACCAACUCCUCUUGUUGUUGUGGAAUCAAGAAAAGAUGCUCAAGCGCCGGAACUGCAGAGGUUCUGUGAAAGUUCUCCGAUCGCGCUCAUACGAGGUCUGACUGGAGUUCUGAAAAUGGAUCUCAGCCUAUUUUCCACGAAAACACUCCUGGAGAUGGCCCCUGAUCAUGAAGUAGAGGUGCGCACGCAGUACAGGAUGCCAUGUGAUAUGAAUAUCGACCAUUUGGGUCAACCAACUUGGGAGUGCAUGAGCACACGGUCGUUCACAACCGUUAUGAAAUAUGCACAAUAUCAAGCUGAAACUUUCAAGCACUCAUUGAAAGGUAAUCUUACUAACAUGCCCGAACUCACCAAAUUUCGUAAAGGAUUGAAUGGCGAUGAAUGCGCUAUGCCCAUGAAAAUGCUCAAGUUCGGCACGAAUGUUGACCUCUCUGAUGACACCAAAUGGAAGGCCCAAAUUCAAGAGCUUGCAAAAAUGCCUCCAUUUUGUCGCAUUAUUGCUGGUUGCAAUAUGCUCUCGCAUCUUGGCCAUACAGUUCUUGGGAUGAACACCACUCAGCUAUACAUGAAGGUUCCUGGUUCCCGUACGCCUGCUCAUCAAGAAAACAAUUGUUUUGCUUCAAUAAAUAUCAACGUUGGUCCUGGUGACUGCGAGUGGUUCGGAUGCCCAUAUGAAUACUGGGGUGUUAUCGAUAGGAUGUGUAGAGAGCGAAAUCUUGACUUUUUGAAAGGAUCAUUCUGGCCAAAUUUUGAAGAUCUGGUUGAGGAAGGUGUACCAGUCUACAGAUUUACCCAAAAAGCAGGCGAUCUCGUAUGGGUUGGAGGCGGAUGUGUUCAUUGGGUGCAGGCCACUGGCUGGUGCAAUAAUAUCGCCUGGAAUGUUGGCCCAUUGACUGCUUCACAGCUGCAGAUUUCCAUCUUCAGUUAUGAGUGGAAUAAACUGCAGAGCUACAAGUCACUUGUACCAAUGCAGCAUUUGUGUUGGCAGUUGGCCAAGAAUAUACGCUUCACGAACCAGAAGGUCUUCACUCUAAUAAGGGGUCAACUAAUCAGAUCGCUGUCGUUCUGUAAAAUGGUUGCGAAUCUCUCCACAUCUCGUGGAAAACAGCUGAAGCCACAGCCGCGCGCUAAAGGGGAAAUCACGCACUACUGUACAUUGUGUGAGGUUGAAGUUUUCAAUAUACUGUUUGUGAAAGAACUUAAUGGUAAAUUUCCGGUGUACUGCGUUUACUGUGCAAGGCGAGCGGGACUCGAUGAUUUUAUUGUACUACAGCAGUUGACUUUCCAUGAUCUUGCGAAAAUUUUCGAUAAUAUGCAAAUGAAUUUGAUUCAUAAAGCUGCCCUCGUAUGUUAA